AUGACGACUCCAACUUCCACCGCGCCAGCGACCACCACCGCCCACAAUGGCCGCACGAUGCCGAAAAGCGUGGCCGCCUAUUUCGCCCGCCUACCGCCUUCAUCCAUCAACAGCUUCUGCGGCGCCAUGGCUGGCGUAGCUUCUGGCAUCGUAACCUGUCCGCUCGACGUCAUCAAGACGAAGCUGCAAGCACAGGGGGCUUUCCGCCGCCCGAACAACGGCGCAAAACUCUCUCCCUCGAAAGCACUAUAUCACGGCCUCUUCGGAACAGCGAGAGUCAUUUGGCGUGAGGAUGGCGUGCGUGGCAUGUAUCGAGGUCUCGGGCCCAUGCUGCUCGGCUACCUCCCAACAUGGGCUGUGUAUAUGAGCGUAUACGAAGGGUCCAAAGACCUCUACUACAACAACAUAGACAACAAGUGGGUCGCCCGCAUCUGCGCGUCCAUCACAGCCGGUGCCUGCUCCACCAUAACAACAAACCCCAUAUGGGUCAUCAAGACCCGCCUAAUGUCGCAGGUCAGUUCACGCGCUUCUGAGGAUGUGCGGCCUCCUUGGCACUACAAAGGGACUCUCGAUGCGGCUCGCAAGAUGUACCGUACCGAGGGCAUUCUGGCUUUCUACUCUGGUCUGGGACCGGCUUUGCUUGGAUUGACACACGUUGCGAUCCAAUUUCCUUUAUACGAAUACUUCAAGACACAGUUCACAGGACUGGAGAUGGGCCAGAAUACAGCUGGCGAGAGCGACACCCAUACUGUUGGCAUUUUGGCCGCCACUUUCCUCAGUAAGAUCUGUGCGACAUCUGCAACAUACCCACACGAGGUCCUCAGAACACGUCUGCAGACACAGCAGCGCACCCUACCAUCACACUCACACGAAGAAAUCACCUUCAGAGGCGCGCUGGAUGCGCACAAUGUCAAAAGACAUCCGCAAGGAGCCGCGUCGUCCGACGGCAUGGUUAACAUACCCCGGUACCGCGGCCUCAUAAAGACGUGCAAAACAAUUCUCCGGGAGGAGGGUUGGCAGGCAUUUUACAACGGCAUGGGAACAAACAUGGUCCGUGCUGUCCCAGCAGCAAUGACCACAAUGUUGACGUUCGAGAUGUUGAAGAAAGCAUGCUAUGAGCUGCAGAAAGCAGGCUCGGCGUCAUUAGACGAGGAUUGA